CGGCAAAGGAAUGGGGGAGCUGAACGUUUACCAGCAGAGUGAAGACGGAAAGCAAGUUCUGAUUUUCUCUCAGCAAGGAGACCAGGGCCGGCUGUGGAGGUUCGCUCAGGCAUCACUAGUCAACCAGGUUCAGAUUUACAGGAUCGUGGUGGAAGGUGUGAAGGCUGGGCCGACUCACGAGGGAGACAUGGCCUUUGAUGACGUCCAGCUGACAGACUCUCAGUGUUCUCAUCCUGGACAUUGUGACUUUGAGAGCAACAUGUGUAGCUGGAGCAACCUGGGAGGAGGAGUGGACCAGGGAGACUGGCUCCGUGGCAGAGGAGACUCCCCAAACCCAAACACAGGACCCAGUGCAGACCACACCACCAACUCUACACACGGUCACUAUCUGUACGUGGACAGCUCAGUGGGCGAGUGGGGCGACAUGUCCUUCCUGAUCAGCGAAAUGUUCCACACGGACAAUAGAGGUCACUGUUUGAAAUUCUGGUACCACAUGUAUGGCAGCCACGUAGGGACUCUGAGAGUUUACUUAAAUGACCGAACGAUGCACACCGCCGGCAGUGAAGAACAGAUCCUGAAGUGGAUUGAAACAGGAAACAAGGGCAACAGGUGGCUGGAGGCCACCGUGUCUUUGAAACAUAAAGAAGCAUUCUGGCUUGUGUUUGCGUACCAGCGGGGGAUGAGUACAGGUGGGGACGUUGCUCUUGAUGACAUCACCAUCCUCCCUGGCGGCUGCUACUCAGAGCCCCCCAUUUACCCUCCUGAUGAUAACAACGACAUGUUGUCCACAGGUCUGGCUGUUGGUUUGACUCUGCUUUCUGGAGUCAUCAUCUCCGUCUUCCUCUUUUUGAUGAACAAGAAGUGGAGUAGAAUAAAUCAGCCGACUCUGAUGCACAACGAUGAUACGAUUGACCAGAACGCCGCACUUGACCUCUUUGACUGCAAAAUAGAUGGCACACAACAUGGAACUGAAUCAGACUUUUCCUUCUUCAACAAUCUGUAUGAUCCGUCGACACAUGAAACUGACGUCACAGUUGCUUCAUCUGAUGCUUAGUACUAAUGAAUAACCCGAAAACCAUUUUGCCAUGUUGUAAAUCUUAGUUUAGAUAGCUUGAUUUAUAAUUUAAUUUAAUAAUAAUUUAAUAAUUAAUCAGAAGAUGACAUUGAUAUCAGUGAGGCAUCUUGAGAAAUGGAUCAAAUGGUAGUUAAAUAAGAAAGUAUCAGUUAGUUAUAAUUACGACAACUACAAUGUUAAUUACAUGAACAUACUAAUUGCUUACCUAUAAACUCAUUGACUGAGGGUUUGCAAACAUUGAAAGUAUAAAUUCAUUUUUAUAAAAUGGAAUUAAACAAAUACCCUGUACUAAAUUGUUUUAUGUUGUUGCUGAUGUAUAACCAGUUCUCAUGUUGGAUUAAUCUGUUGGACGAGAGUUGACAAGU